AUGAAACCGACACCUCGCUGCGAGUACCAUAAUAAUGUGACGUCCAAUGCUGCCAGUCGAAUCGAUUUUCUUGUGGUGAGCUUGGUCCUUCUGAUGGUCGCUCUGUGCCUUGCCAUCGUUAGCAUCGUGAUCAGACUGAUAUGUGAACGACUAGAAGUUAUCCACAGAAUGAGCCCCUUUGGGUACUCUGCACAUUGGGUGGCAGCAGAAGUGCGUGUUCGGGAACCAACCAGAAGAUACGAUAAAAAAGUGCGGUCAUCCUCUCCGCCACCCAGUUAUGAAACUGGCCCCGCCUGCUCUUCGUGGAGAUCGUCAACUACGGAAUUCAUCGACGAAGCUAGUGUCUAG